UGAAUAUCACAAGAGAGAAAAAGAGGGAGAGAGAGAAAGAGAGGAGUACAAUAGAAAGAAAGAAUAGAGAGCACACGUGUGUGUAAUUAUUCAUUGAUUGCGUUUUAUUUGUGGAAUCUUAUAGAAACCGGUUCCAGACGAAAUCGGGUCACUCUGUGACAGUCUGCGUUUCUCUACAACACUAUCAGGAAUCGCUUAAGAUGAAGAUGCAUAUAGUGACAUGUGUUGCACCGGUUAAUAUCGCUGUCAUCAAAUACUGGGGUAAACGUGAUGAAAAUCUUAUUCUUCCUCUGAAUUCUUCGAUAAGCGUAACACUCAGUCCUACUCAACUUCGAGCAAAAACGACUGUUGCAUUGAGUAAGGAUUUUGAGAAGACUAGAAUAUGGCUUAAUGCAGUAGAACAAAACCCUGAUAAUCCUCGAUUACAGAAUAUCAUCCGUAAAAUUAAGCAUCGAGCCUUUCGGUGUAAUGGUGAGAAAAAUGGCAAAACUAACAAAGAGGACAUGUUAAACUGGCAUCUUCAUAUUUGCUCUGAGAACAACUUUCCUGUUUCAGCUGGUUUAGCUUCAUCUGCUGCAGGAUAUUCUUGUUUAGUUACUGCAAUGGCUAACCUGUUUGAAGUAGAAGGUGAUCUCUCUGGCAUUGCCAGGUUAGGCUCAGGAAGUGCCUGUCGGAGUAUGUAUGGUGGCUUUGUGGAGUGGGAUUUAGGACAUUGCAGUGAUGGAUCAGACUCAUUGGCCAGACAGAUUGCUCCCUAUGAUCAUUGGCCAGAAUUAAGAGCAUUACUGUUGGUUGUCAGUGAACAACCCAAAACUGUUAGUAGCACAGUUGGUAUGCAAAACAGUGUAAAUACUAGUGAAUUACUACGCUCUCGAGUGGAGUGCAUAGUACCUCGUAGAUUAGCAGAACUGCGGGCAUCCAUUGCAGAGAAAGAUUUUGAGAAGUUUGCUCAAAUUUGCAUGAAGGAAAGCAACCAGUUUCAUGCGAUAUGUUUAGAUACCUACCCACCUAUUGGCUAUUUAACAGAAGUUUCAGACCAAAUUAUAGCACUGGUGCAUCGUUUCAACAAGCUUUGUGAACGUUUGAAGGUUGCCUACACAUUUGAUGCUGGACCAAAUGCUUGUCUUUUCCUGAUGGAAGAAGAUGUUCCCCGAUUUCUUUCUUUGAUUCGACAUUUUUUCCGUCCAGUGAACAAUGGAUUUGAGAAUUUCAUUCAUGGGUUACCUGUUGAUGUUCCAAGAGUUACAACAGAAGACGUAUUGAACAUUUCCAUAGGUGUGAUGCCAGACUCAAUCCAUUAUGUCAUUUAUACAAGUGUAUGUUUUGUUUUAUUCUGCUCUUAGAACAUCACAGUUGAU